CUUUUUUGCCGGUUUUGAUUCCGUUUCUACACUAAUGUGCUUUAUGUCUUAUGAGUUGGCUGUUAACGCCGAUGUUCAAACUAGACUCAGAAAUGAGAUCAAAAAAACCACAUCUGAUUGCAGAGGAAAGCUUACCUACGAAGUUCUUGUGAAAAAGAAAUACAUGGAUAUGGUUGUAUCAGAAACAUUGAGGAAAUUGCCACCUUCAGUGAUAACUGAUAGAAUGUGUACAGCACCUUAUACUAUAAACCCAGCAAAUCCAGGAGAGGAUCCCGUGCAUUUGGAAAAAAUCCUACAUAUCUUCUCAAUCUUUGCUAUACACCGAGAUCCUAAAUAUCAUCCAGAACCAGAAUGUUUCGAUCCUGAAAGAUUCAACGAAGAAAAUAAAGCGAAAAUCCGCCCAUACUCUUUUAUUCCAUUUGGAGUUGGACCAAGAAACUGUAUAGGAUCAAGAUUUGCUCUUCUUGAAACAAAAGUGAUAUUUUUCCAUCUUCUGUCACAUUUCGAACUACAACCGUUAAAGAAAACACCGCUAUAUGUGGAAACAUCUGAGAAGAGUUUCAAUUUGCUUGCUAAAGAUGGUAUUUGGAUUGGAAUGAAAAAAUUGACAAAAUAAACUCGUGAACAUGAUA